UGCAAACAUAUGAUUUAUCAAGAUUUUAUUUUAGUGAAGCCUCAAGCUUAAGUUAGGUUAUCCAGGACUACUGUGAAAAAGGACACGAAGAAUCACUAUGGACGUAGCGAAACACAGAAUGGAAGAUUUCGACGUCAAGCAGUUCAUCGUUGAACUGGCCCAACGCGAUGAGUUCAUCGACGAGAUGGAAAAACGUCACUAUAUACGGGUUUACAAAGAGAUGACUGAGCUGAAAGAGGGCAUAGAAGAACCGAUCGUGAAGAGGCCCGACGGUACGCCGUAUCUAUUCAACCUCCUAGAUUCCCAAAAACUUCUUGAGAUAAAACCAUUAUUUACAACGGAAGGUGAAGGCCUGUUGAGCAGAGCGAAGUUCGUGGAACUACUGGAAUGCCACUGCAAGAAGUUGGAACUGACACCGCUCCACUUCGAUAGAAUUUAUCAGAUGAUUGACUUGGACAUGGACGGGAUGAUAACAUGGGAAGAAUUAGCCAACUAUCUGAACCAGGAAAUAAGAGAGAGGCAGGUGAUGGCCAACGGGGUCAUUUGCGAUCUUAGCGAGCCUCCCAUCUACGACUCGCCCAAGUUCGUACGCAACAGACACGGCCAUAUCAUAUCCUCCGUGGCCUUCUGGCCGGCAGUUACUAAGGAGAAGAAGAAAGACUAUUCCGCGGGUAGGUUCAUCACAACCAGUAAGGACGGCUGUGUGGAUUUUUGGAACUUGGAUAUGAAACACUUGUAUUCUUCCACUGCCUUCUCAUCUGUUCCCCUCAAGAUCGCAUCGACCUGCGUAACAAAAAUCGUGUCUAUGGCUGACAUCAAUAUGAUCGCCGUCUGUUCUAUGGACAGGGAGAUCAGGAUAUAUGACGCCAUUGCUGAUAACUUUCGGCUCAGAACGGUGAUCAAUGACUUCCGACACGGAUUGGUCACGAUGGAGUACCAGUUCUACGACACGGAUUCGGUCAAGUCCUGGCUGGCCGUCGGUGACACCCAAGGCAAUAUCUUCGUGUUCAUGUUCUCGCAGAACGCGGCUCGGACGAUAUUCUCACAGGUGAUUGGGCUCCCUUUCGUCAGCGUUCGCUACCCACAGGUUCGAAUGGGUGUUCUUGAAGGAGUGGAGGCAUUCGAGUUCCCUAAGGUACACCCGACCUGGAUCGAGACCAUGUUCUACUGCGAGGAACUGUGCGCGUUGGUGACCACAUGCAACAACCCAAAGAACGCCGUGAUGGUCAUCAAUGUCUUCAACAACACCAUCCUCGCCAGCAUAGACGUAGCUCCCGGUGUCACCGUGGCGGACAAGUUGUCGAAGGAGAAACAUGAAGGAGGCGAACCUUGGGCCGAUGUUGGGGUCGACACGACAGAGAUUGUGCCGGCGAAGAAGGGUCGCUUGAGCCACUAUCUCGUCACCGCCGGCUACGAUACCGACGUCAGGAUCUGGGACUUAGAGUCCACGACCAAGCCAAAGGCGGUCAUAGAAGGCACGACUUCCAAGAACGUCGCGCUCAUCGUCGACGAGGACAACCAUACCAAUCCUUGGAUCUACACCUACGCGAGGGAGGGGAAAAUCACUGUCUGGGACGCCAGGACGAGAGUCUCUUUACAGGUGUAUGAAGACAAUCUUGACAAGUUCGGUCCCCAUUCACCGCUGACCUUCUGCUACAACCCUUUCUUCAAGAUUCUCGUCUUCGGUGCCUUCAAGCUGUGCAGGCUCAAGCUCGGGAGGACUUUCAAUAAGGACUACACUGCAGGUUACUGCCACGAGAGGGAGAUCACCGUGGCACUGUACAACUACCUCUAUGACGUGAUAAUCACUUGCUGCUCGGGAUCCGUUAUCACCAAGUGGAACGCCUUCACCGGAGAGAAGAUGUACAGUUGGAUCCGAGCACACGCAGCCGACAUCCUCACGGAGACCAUUUCCUACGGGAUCACAUCCGGGACCUUCAACCCGGACCAGUCCUUGCUCGCCACAGGAGCAGUCGAUGGGUCUAUCAAGAUGUGGAACUUCCACACUGGUAUCUGCCUCAGGAGGAUGGAGCUGUCUCGAGGGUUGCCGGGCAACGGUGGUGCUGUGCACAGGCGUUAGCCCAUUCGGCCACCCUGCCCACUGAAGUGAUGCGGUU